CAUCGAUGCAUUCGACAAUCACUGAAUCAAGAGCUCUGUUGUACAAUUAUUCGGUCUGUAUCCCAGCAUGGGCCCGGAAGUUGUUUGGGAUUCCCAGGUAAAGAAAAAAAAAAAAAAAAAAAAAAAAUCCCGGAGAUGCGGUCGUCGCCUGGGAAAACAAACAGCUAUCCAGACAGUUAAAAAGGAAAACACCGAUCGGUCGCCAGGAAUCUGGUGAGAGAAUGAAUGCUGAUGAAUGCAAUGGGCGCUCAUAUGCACAAGGUAAUGGAGGAGAGUCAUCAACAGAACAGGAUUUUUAUGGCACGCUGCAGGGCCCUUCAGCGAUAUCUCCGAACAGUCAGCGGUCCUCACCACACCGCUCCCUUAGUGCCAACUCCAUCAAGGUUGAGCUGUGCAGUGAUGAUGAGUCACCUGGUGCUCCACAGACAGGGAACAGAGAGGCUGUAAGGGACCAUAGCAGGAAGGAUGACAGAGGGGAACCCAUGGAGGAAGGGAACGCGGAGUUUGCUGAGGCUGGAAGAGACAGAGUGAGCAUUUACGGUGAGAUGGCCAGUCCAAACGCUGCUUCACCAGGACCUAUCCGGCUCCCCAAUGGGAAGCUCCAGUGUGAGGUUUGUGGGAUGAUCUGCAUUGGACCCAACGUGCUGAUGGUGCACAAGCGUAGCCACACAGGCGAGAGGCCGUUUCAGUGUAACCAGUGUGGAGCUUCCUUCACCCAGAAGGGGAACUUGCUGCGACACAUCAAGUUGCAUUCGGGAGAGAAGCCUUUCAAAUGUCCCACUUGCAACUAUGCUUGUCGCCGGAGAGAUGCCCUGGCUGGACAUCUGCGCACACAUGCAGUCUCUUCUCCAACGGUGGGAAAACCUUUUAAGUGCAGCUACUGUAGUCGCAGCUACAAACAACAGAGUACACUGGAGGAACAUCUAGAGCGCUGCCAUAGUUAUCUGAAGAGUCUGGACCACCAGACAGCAGUCAACACACAGACAGCACAGGGUGAAGAGUCAGUAAAUAUGGAGAUAAUUACUAAACCUGUGCUUCAGCCAUCCAAUGAAAAAAUCCAGUUUUUGGACAGACUGGCUAUUAGUAUCACCAAACGCAAGAGGUCAACACCACAGAAGUUUUUGGGUGAAAAGCACAUGCACCUUGACCUACCUGAAGCACCUUAUGAAUUGUCUUCUGGCUCUGAGAAGGAGGGGGACCUCAGGAGUUCUCAGCCUGCUGGGGACUCUGCUGGGCUGGCUGUUUCACGCCUCCAAGGUGCCAGGGGUAGAGGUGAGAACCAUGAGUCGCCUACACUGUCUCAGCUCCAUCCUGCCUUCCUAUCGGAGCUCCGCACAGUUAUGGGCUCCAUUAAUAGCAACGUGACUCCUCAGGCCCACCGAGCAAAGGGUGGAGGUGGGCUGGCAGCAAUGUCUCUUGGGCUGACUGGGCGGGAGGCAGGGGAAGGCCGUGUUGACCAGCCCUCGGCCCAUAGCCAUAACACCUCGCCCAAUGGUUGUCCCGACUCUACAGACACAGAGAGCACAGCAGAAGAGCAGAGCACAAGGGCUACAGCCCCGACAAGUACCUCCAACAACCACCACCUCCACUACCAAACCCCAGCACUGCCCCGCAGCCAUCCCACUUCCAGCCCCAGCCAGGCCAAAGACUUGGACCCAGAGUGGGAGAGAGCUUGUCCUGUACCCUCCACCAUAGUAAAGAGGAGCCCUGGCUCACCCCUUCCUUCCAGGGAGACUGUGCAGGUGUUAGACAGGGAUGGUGGGCCUGUACGCUCCUUCCACUGCCGGCACUGCCGCAUCCUCUUCCUGGACCAUGUCAUGUUUACCAUCCACAUGGGUUGUCACGGAUUCCGCCAACCCUUCGAGUGCAACAUCUGUGGCCACCGCAGCCAGGACCGCUACGAGUUCUCGUCUCACAUCAGCCGUGGAGAGCACCAGGUGGCCUGAGCAGAGGAGCUCGUGGCUGGAUGAGAAGAGGUGACUGCUGCUCUCUAAAGUUAUGGGCUCACGUUUGUUCUGCACCAGAUCAGUUGCUUUAAAUCCCUAGUGUAAGUAAAAAGAUUUGUGGUUUUAAUGUGAGAAUAUCUAUGAAACUAAAGCAGACACAAGUGAAGAAUGUUUUCACCUCACCAUUCAAAGUUUAGUGGAGGCAAAUUACAUUCUAUGAUUGAUUGCACUCCCAUAUCAAAUCAUCUGGCAAAACUACAGGUUUUGCUCCAAAAGUGCCUUCUUGGGGGAUUUCCUCUUAACGAAAGAAAACCGGGGGGGGGGGGGGGAUUUUGACUAGCCAUCUUUUCCUAAGUGAUUUAGUUAGCACUUUUGAGAGGUCAUGCACACAGGCAUUUAAGGAAAGCAAGGCAUCUGCAUUUUAAGAAUUAUAUUUGGUAUGCUUAGGAUGUACUAAGACUUUUGCUUUUCUGGUUGAGAAGGGUAAUUUGUGUAGAGUGUCAGUUAAGCUCAAUAUGCACUGAGAGCUUUCUGCCUCUGGGUUUGGGAGGAGCUUUUGUCACAGACGAAGCACAGAAAAGGACUGCCUUAACUCCUCCAGUAGUACGCUGCUGUAGGAAUACAUAUUGUUUACAGCCUGGUUAAAAAGUGUGUGAAGUCACUUCAGAAGAGAGAAUAUUUACAGCUGCACAGUCAGAAGACUAUCGGGACAAAGCAAAAUCGUGAAGGAAGUGAACUUGAAAAUAUUCACCAGGGGGUGAAAGAGGCAUUCAGGGCUCAGUUGUAAAAUAGGUUUUUGGAUGUUAAAGUCAGCCUCAGAAAACUGGUGCAGAUCAGACCAUGAGCCAUGUAGUGUAAAGCAAGAGCCUGACGGAAAUGGAUCGGGGUGCUAUACCUAUACAGGAUUGUACUUUUAGGUUCCCUGCUUAUAUAUGAACAUCUUUGCCGAAGCACUUGAUGGCUUUCCAAAUUUUUUUCUGUGAUUGUUCUACUGCACUGAUAAAUCGCAUAAUACUCACAAUAACUGAUCAACUAAUUUGCAACACUAGUGUAUUUUUAACGGAGCCAGCCUUCUACAGAAUGCCACAGCAUUGCACUGGUUUUGUGGUCUACACUCAAGUUUGCUGCAAUGUGUGAUUAAGAGUUAAAUAUCAGUUCAACUAAAAUAAUUAUUUUGGGGUUUUGCUCUCAGCAGUUGAGGCUGAGAUUUUAAACAAUUUCCAUAAUGUAAGUGAAUUAACAAAUUAAUUAUUCAAAAAUUAAUUAACAAAUCAGUUUGGAUCUGUUCAGUUAUCACUUGUGAUUAUCUAUUUAGUGUUGUUUGUUUCAGACUUGGUGUAUUUAAUCAGCUAUAUUCCAAAUCUUAUCCAGCAUAUUCCUCAAGUCCAUGAAAUGUUACCUCCUGCUUCUUUAUAGCACCCAAAUACCUUAUUGCUACAGUAUGGUGAGUUAUCUGAUAAUGUUAAUAUUGGGAACAUGAAUGAGACCAAACUCAGUAUUCUUACUUGUUAUUGUGGGUUUGCUGCUUCAUAGUUUAACUUGAUUUCCUUUAAGCGCAGGCAAAAAUGUACUUGAAACUGUUUGAGAAAAAAAAGUUAUCUAAAAAUGCACUUGGUUUGAUAAGUAGAGAAAUGUGUGUGAAUGGAAUAUAGCAUGUGUGCUUGUCAUUUUCUGCUUUAACCUGAAUUGUGAAUUAUUUUUGAAAUGUGAAGUAAUUUUGAGAAGUGAAAAUGAGGCAUGGGUUUUUGUCUCCUUGUGUGGACUUUUCAAUGUUAUACAAUAUUUUGUGAAUGAUGUAACAUGACAAAACACUUUACCUCAAAGUUAAACAUGUACAACUGCCUCAUUAUUUCAAAAAGUCAUGUUGCUUUCCAAGAUGUUCUUGCAGU